CCGCGCGAGACUCCGCCGCGCACACUCGCACCGAUGCGCGGCUCGUGGGACGAGUCUACGACGGCGGCGCUGCACGCGCGCAUACUGGAGGCGCACCGCGGGCCCGCCGCGGCCGACCGCGCCGCCGAGCCCGCGCCCUGCGCCGACCAGCCGCCGCUCGCCCUCAACAGCAUCGAGCUGGCCGCGCCGACGCCGCUGCUGCCGCUGCCGACCCUCUCCUUCAGCGCGUCGCAAGUCGCCACCGUCUGUGAAACCCUGGAAGAAAGUGGCGAUGUGGAACGACUCGCGAGGUUCCUUUGGUCCUUGCCUGUAGCUCAUCCGAAUGUCGCCGAAUUAGAACGGUGCGAAGCCGUGCUUCGGGCACGAGCAGUUGUGGCUUUUCACGCGGGCCGGCAUCGGGAAUUGUAUUCCAUCUUGGAAAGGCACCGUUUUCAGAGAUCGAGUCACGCGAAACUACAAGCGUUAUGGCUAGAAGCACAUUAUCAGGAAGCCGAGAGGCUUCGAGGGCGUCCCUUGGGUCCCGUCGACAAAUACAGAGUCCGCAAGAAGUUCCCACUGCCGCGAACCAUAUGGGACGGCGAACAAAAGACGCACUGUUUUAAAGAGCGAACGCGGUCGUUACUAAGAGAAUGGUAUUUACAAGAUCCGUACCCGAAUCCGACGAAAAAGAGGGAACUCGCGGCGGCGACGGGGUUGACGCCGACGCAGGUGGGCAACUGGUUCAAGAACCGACGGCAGCGAGACCGGGCCGCCGCCGCCAAGAACCGCUCGGCCCUGCUCGGCCGAGGGUUCGCCUCCUCCUCCACGUACGACGAAGACUCUGCCGACUCCGAGAUCAACGUGGACGAGGAGUAG